GUAAACACGAAUGGGGUGAUCUCUUUCCUUCGCCAGGUUUCACAAUACACACCAGAUCCGUUUCCACUUGGGAGUGAUCGCCGUCUCAUCGCACCGUUCUGGGCGGAUGUCGAUACUACGAAGGGUGGUGUUGUAUAUUACAGACAAACCCAGGAUCUUGCUAUUCGAACACGAGUCUCUGAAGAAAUUAGAAGGCAUUUCGUUCGUCAAAGACGGUUUUCAGCAAAAUGGGUCCUGAUCGUAUCGUGGUUGAAUGUUGCUCGCUUCGGUGGAAGUUCCUCUCCAAAUGUAAGAUUGCAAAUGAAAUUAUUUACAAACGUAAAGAGGGUAGAAGAAGUUUUUAUGUGA